GUCCCAUCCCAUCCCAUUUCGUCCCGUCCCGUGCCGUCCCGUGCCGUGCCGUGCCGGCAGCAGAGCAGAGCCAUGCUGCACUGGGGAUACGACGAGCACAACGGGCCUGCCCACUGGAAGGAGGUUUUUCCUGUCGCUAAUGGAGACCGUCAGUCACCCAUCGACAUCAAAACUGAGGAAACCAAGUAUGAUCCCUCCCUCCGUCCUCUAAAUCCCAGUUAUGAUCCAGCCUCUGCUAAAAUCAUCCUUAACAAUGGGCACUCCACCAGUGUGGAGUUUGAUGACACCGUCAACAAAUCAGUGCUGACUGGGGGGCCGCUCAGCGGGACCUACAGGCUGCGCCAGAUUCACUUCCACUGGGGAUCCAAUGAUGACGCUGGCUCGGAGCACACGGUGGAUGGGAUGAAGUAUGCGGCAGAGCUUCAUGUGGUCCAUUGGAAUGCAGAGAAGUAUUCCAGUUUUGUUGAGGCAGCUUGUCAGUCAGAUGGACUUGCAGUCAUGGCUGUAUUUCUGAAGAUUGGUGAAUGCAACCCUCAACUGAACAAGAUUACUGACCGCUUGGACACCAUCAGAAUCAAGGGAAAAAAAGCACUAUUCACAAACUUUGAUCCCAGCUGUCUGCUUCCCAAAUCCCUGGACUACUGGACUUACUUUGGAUCUCUCACUGUUCCACCUCUUCUUGAGAGUGUCAUCUGGAUUGUUCUGAGAGAGCCCAUAAGUGUUUGUUCUGAACAGCUGGCCAAAUUCCGCAGCCUCCUGAGCACUGCUGAGGACGAGGUCGCCUGCUGCUUGCUGAGAAACUUCCGGCCUCCCCAGCCUCUAAGGGGACGAGAAGUCAGAAGGAAUUAAAGGAGUAAAUCCAGAGUGGCCUCCCUCUGAAACCAAAGGCUGAAUUCAUUUUAAUAAUUAAUAUACUUUGUGGUUUUUGAUUUUUUGUGAGUUGUUUUAACAAACAGGUGCUGUUUUAUUAGUGGUUUCCAUGCAGUCAUUUCUCACAGGCAAAUAUGUCCAGAGUUGUCACAGGUUUAGUGAUGUUAACAGGUCUGACUGGGUUUGAGUGCAUUGGCUUGAAAGCACUGAGCCAUCAGCAUUGUAUACACAGAGAUCACUGCUAAUCAUAAGGGUGAAAUGUGGUGAAGAAAUUGCCCAGAUUUUGUUACCAAAUUACUGAACAGGAUCCCUGGUAUUAUUGACAGUAUAGGAUGUUCUGGGAUUAUUCUUCAUAAAUAACAUAACAUUUAUCUUCUGUGUAAACCUCACAUUGCAUUUUCUCAAGGAAAAAGUAUUUCAGGGAUGAUGUAAUUUUAUUGCUGACUUCUGCAAUACCAUGAUUACUUUCCUACAAAAAACAGCAAUGACUAGCAGCAUUUAAGUCAAACAGAUGUUUAUAUGGUCCUGUUAUUCUGGCAGCUCCAUAGCAAUAAUCACGUACUGAUUUAUGUUUUGUUUUUAAAAGCAAAUAGUAAGGAUUUUGUAUAUUGCAAGAUCAUGUCAGGUAGAUUAGGUAUUCCUGAAUUAGGUAUUUCACAAUGUCACAAGAUGAAAUUGUCCUGAAACCUGAAAACUGCAAGGUGGAAGAGCAUAGAGGGAGCUGUUUGUGCCUAAAUCCAGACUUUUGCCACUUAAAGUCAAGAGGCAGGGGUAGCUGUUGUUCCAGGCUUGCACACUGCGUGUGAACCACAUGCUGCUGACCUCUCAUCUCGCUGUGGAGCACAGAACUACACAGCUAUAGAAUGUCUCAAGGUGCUGGCUGGGGUUCUGCUGUCAUAGCUGAACUUCAGUGGUUGCACUUACAAUCCAAGACCAAAGAGAAUAGUCAGAGAGAGCCAAAGAAAUCAGAAUCAACAUCUAAUAAAAAGCUCAGCCCUCAAUAGCAAUAUGUUGAAACGUCUGUCUUUAUAAGCUGACUUGAGCCCGUGUUUCCUCAGGAGCUUUUUUUAUCUGAAUAUAAUUGGAGUUUUUUACACCAAAUAUUUUAGUUAGUGAACGUACCAUAGGAUGUAGCUUAGGAUAGAAUUCAGUUUACUCUCAAACUGUGAGAACUACAUAGUGAAAUUCAGUGAUACCUGAAAAAGGCAGCUAGAGGUUUUACUGGCAGCAACUAACACCAAUCUCUGUAGUACUUCUGACAAAUUGAUCUUCCAUAACUGCUCUCCUUGAAUUGAUUUUUAAAUAGGUUUUAUAUGCUCUGCCUUUCACCUCAAUGGGUCAUUUGAUCUUAGAUGAACAAAAGAGGGAAAUCACAAUCAGGAUUGACUUUAUAUCCUGUUUUAGAACAAUAGAUUAGAUAUAUAGAUUUUUUAUCUUAGUUUAAGAUAUGUGAACUUUUUUGUUUUUUCCUCCCCAGAAUAUAGCUAUUAUAUCCUGCAAGGCCUCUCAAUGCCUUUUUAAUAUUUUCUGAAGAAAAGAACACAAACAAACCAUUGGAGA